ACUCAGGAUGAGACUCUGGGUCUUGGUAAUUCUAACAGCUCUCAUACCUUCCACUUCAGCUAGGCUUAGGCCAUUUUUGGGCCUGGAAAAUGAGGCUUUAAUUGUGAUAUGUCCCAGACAAGGAAACUCUUUAUACCCUGUGGACUGGUAUUACUCAAAAACCAACAAAAGCAUUUCUACCCAGAGAGGAAAUCGGAUACUUGCCUCAGGGAAGCAUCUCAAGUUCCUCCCAGCCAAAGUCAGCGACUCCGGAUUUUAUACCUGCAUUGUCAGAGGUCCUGCCUCCAAUAAGACUGGAUAUGUGAAUGUCACCAUUUUUGAAAAACAACCAGAUUGCAAUAUUCCAGAUUAUCUGAUAUAUUCAACGACAUCUGGAUCAGAAAAAAAAUCCCAAAUAUUUUGUCCUACAAUUGACCGCUACAAUUGGACACAGCCUGUUGAGUGGUUUAAGAACUGUGAAGUUCUCCGAGGACCAAGGUACCUGGCACACAAGUCGUUUUUGCUGAUUGACGAUGCAACCAACAAGGACACUGGUGAUUAUACAUGUAAAUUUAUGCACAACGAAUAUGGAGUCGAGUAUAUCGUAACAGCAACCAGAUCAUUCACAGUUACUGAGGAGCGGGGCUUUUCUUUGCCUCCUGAAAUUAAAGCGCCUCCACAAAAUGAAAUAAAGGAAGUGGAAAUUGGAAAACCAACAAACCUAACGUGCUUGGCUUGCUUUGGGAAAGGCCCUCAAGUCAUGGCUGAGGCCUUCUGGAGGGUGAACAGAAGUGAGGUUAAGAACUUUGGUGAAAGGAGAAUACAAGCGACGCAGAAGCUAACACAAAGCGGUGAGCUGACGUGCCGACACACUGUUUUAAAAAUAGAGGCUGUAACGGAAGAGGAUUUGACAUCGAAGUAUGACUGUCUGGCCAUGAAUUUCCAUGGCUUCAUCACGCACACUGUAACACUAAGGAAGAAAAAUCCAAUGGAUCAGCAAAGUACCUACUACAUGCUUGCAGGAUUUAGCCUAUUAUUAUUACUAAUCAAUGCCUUGGUGAUAAUUCUAAAAGUGUUCUGGAUUGAGAUUAUUCUGUUCUGGAGAGACAUAGCUAGACCUUCUAAAACUAGGAAUGAUGGGAAGAUCUAUGAUGCUUAUGUGAUCUAUCCACGAAGCUGCAAAAACAGUCCAGCGGGGGCCAGCUCUGUGGAGUACUUUGUUUACCAGAUUCUGCCUGACAUUCUUGAAAAUAAAUGUGGUUACAAUUUAUGCAUCUUUGGGAGAGACCUGCUUCCUGGACAAGAUGUAGCCAGCACAGUGGAGACCAGCAUCCGGAUGAGCAGGCGGCAUCUCUUCAUCCUCACUCCCGAGAUCCUGCACAGCAAGGAGUUCACCUACGAGCGGGAGAUCGCCUUGCACAGCGCCCUCAUUCAGCAGGACUCCAAGGCCAUCCUCAUUGAAAUGGAGGCUCUGUGCCCGCCUGGCGGCCUGCAGUUUGAGGAGCUUCAGGACUCCCUUAAGCAUCUCAUCAAAGUUCAGGGGACCAUCAAGUGGAGGGAGGACCACGUGGCCAACAAGCAGUCCCUGAAUUCCAAGUUCUGGAAACACGUAAGGUACCACAUGCCACCGGUGCCAAGUCGACUCCCCAGGAGAACUCCAAGCUUGGCAUCCUUGAGUGCCCAGGGGUAG